GCAUCAGGAGCAGUGGCUGGAUCACCUGCUCCAGGGGGUGGAAAUAUUCCUGGUCAUGACAGUUGCUGCAGCACAGAUCCCUGCCCUGGGGACCAUAUGGCAGGAGCUGCAAGAGAGCAGUCAAGAGAAGGAGCACACUCAUGCAAAGGGACAAGUGCAAUUUGUUCUGGAGCAGCAACCAUCCGUGCAGCAGGCAUCUUUCAUUCAGCUGAGCUCCGUUCUAGCUAUCAGUGCUGCUGUACUGAUCAACUGGAUUCUGCGCAGACGCAUCAGCAGCAGGCAGCAGAAGAGCGCAGUCGCUGCUGGAACCUCAGCAGGUGCGCGGUUGCUGAGGCUGGAACUGCUCGCCACGCGCCAGUCGCAGGCUCUCAUCGCUGCUGAGAGGCAGAUCACCAAGCUGAAUACUCGCGCCCGACUGCUGGGGCGUGACCUGCAGCCACCCUUACGCCAGGUGCAAGCUGAGAAUGUUCAGCAAGCAGAGGCCCUGGUGAGAAUAAGCAACAAGCUGGAGACCUUGGACACCGAUCUGAAAGACACUCAGCAGCUGAUCGGCGCGUUGCAUGGCGCAACAGCAAAGCAACUGCAGCUGGUCUUGCAAGCGCUGCAGCUCUCACAAGCUGCCAAAGCUCUGGCACAGAGUGUUGCAGCAGCAGUUGAGCAGGAGAGGAAAGCAGGCACUGGACUUCCCUUGCAGGCCACGCAAAGCCGGAGGUCCUCCACAGCGCCUGAGGAAGCGAGCAGCCUUGAAUGCGC